CACCCCCACCGCCCACCGCCUAUAUUACACUACCCCUCCUCUUCCUCCGCCCGGCUCACCAGACUCGCUCUCGCUUGCGUAGCUGCGUCGCCAUUGCGCUGCUUGCCUGCUCUGUGCCUGUCGCGAGAGGCGGAGGACGGGCGCCGCUUGUGGUCGUCAUCCCGGCCGAGAGAGGAGGGAGAGUCGGAGAGAUGGAGGUGGAGCACGGCGGAGAGAUGAUGAUGUUGGUCGAGGCGGCUGCGGCGGAUGAGGAGGGGUGGCAGACGCCGAGGCGCGAGGACUGCCGCAUCCCUGUGGUGCCGCCGUGCCCGGCGGCGCCGUCGAGGAAGAAGGCCGUCGCGAUGGCGCCGGAGGCGGCCGGAGGGAGCAGGCGGCGGGACCCGCCCAAGGGCGGGUACUUCCAGCCACCGGACCUCGAGUCCCUGUUCGUGCUCGCGCCGCCGAGGGCACAGGCGGCGGCCUCAAGCCGCGCGUGGUAAGGCGGGGCACGUACGCUUCGGCCCGCCAUGGUCCUCCGGCCGGUGAGCCGACAAUAGCUAGCGGAAUGGUGGUAGAGUAGCUGUAUAUGUCUACGUGUAGUUCCCUACUAGGUGUACGUAGGGGUUCAGCUAGCAGCACAUCUUACCUUUCCUUUUGGGGGGAGUCCUUUUUUGUGUGAAGAUUGCUGCUCUGGUGCCUCUGUGUUAGCUAGAGAUUGACAAAAGCAGUAGGAGAUCCAUGGAGGUCCAAAAGGUUCCUCAAAAGCUUGGAAUCUGCGUACGUGCGUGUGUGUGUGAAGUACUUACCUGUUACGAGCAUAUGUUGUGAAUCUACUUUGUGAAUCUCCCGUUUUCCGAA